ACAUCCGGUGAGAGGGGCUCAGUCUGCACGCGCGUGAAACACUUCAGUUUGAAAGCUCACCAUGGUGCAGCUGUCUCCUUCCCCUAACCUGGAGGUCACACCACCUGAGCACUUGGAGGAUGGGGAGGACAGACGGGGGGACCUUGUGUUGGCUGAUGGCCCAAAGGGGGGCUCGUACCUGGGUCUGAGCAACGAGCAGCUCAACAUGGAGACCUCCACUAUCUACCACGGCUAUGACCUCUACAUCGAAGAUGGUCUCAUCUGCUUAAAAAACAAAGUCCGCAACUUGGAGAAAAAGAAGCUGAAACUUGAAGACUACAAGAGGAGGCUGACCUGGGGGGAGGAACUUAACCAUGAUCAGAUGGCGGCGGCGGAAAAAUACGAGGAGGUGCUUCAUAACCUGGCAUUUGCACAGGAGCUGCACAAAACCCUGGAUGAAUUGACUCGGAAUUUGUUGAGAGCCCAGAGGAAGGCAGUGAAGAAGGAAAAAGUGGCAAAGGCGGAGACUGAGAGGAGGAAUCUGACCUCUGUGCUGCAGUUCCAGCACCUUCUCCACAUCAUGCAGCUGGAGCACAUCAGGACAGACCUGCUGGCUGGACACAACCAGGCCCCCCCCAUCACAGCCCAGCAGCUGCAGAGCCUGAGUCAGCUGGCCACCCUGCUGGGAGUCAAGAGAGAUCACACACUGAGUUUAGAGGAGCAGAUGGAGCGGGCGGCUGCGGCCUACCUGGACCUGCUGGAAGGGAAAGACAAGCCGGUGGCUGGAUCCACAUAUAAGCUGUUCAAAGAAGAACUCGCUGAGCUGAUGAACUGCAAGUACUUCACUUGUCUUCCAUCUCCACCCAAUAACCCUGCAGAGGAGUUUCUGAGAGCCAACAGCCCUAUAGCCACAUCAAACUCAAAGGAAGUUUCCAAGGAGAACUGGAAGGGGGGCUUCCAAAUCAGGGAGCGGGAGCCUCCUGACUGCUGGGAUCUGGACUCAUCUGUUGGACCCUGUUCCCCCCCAGCUGCAGUUCACAGACCAUGGAGAGGAGCUGCCACCUUCAUCCCCAAAGGCCCCGUCACCACCAAGAAACAAUCUGCUGGCUGCAAACAGAGAAAAGGGAGAGCCAAAAGAGUGCAACCCGCCAACUCGGCAGUUUACAUGGAUAUGCCUGUGGAGGUUUUCAACUCUACAUAUGCCUUACCCAAAGACCCUUUCCUCAGAAAACAGCACCUAGAGGACCUUGUGACAAAGAUCCAUGGCUCCUUCAGUUUUAUGCAGGACUCUCUUCUAGAGGGUGAGAUCUCUCCAAUCAAUGGCCACCAAAAACUGAAGCGGAGGUCAUCUAAAUCUCCAUCCCCUUUAGGACAUGCUGACUUAGGAAGUCCAGUUGAUGUCCUGCCAAAAGCAAUGCAUUCCACCCCACUGCCUACCAGGCUUAUUGAGCGCAGAGCCAGUCAGACUAAUGGGGAUCAGUGCUUGGAGACCUGUGCACUAAAAGUUCCUUCAAUGGACUUGCCUCAUGAGCCGCUGCAGCUGGCUGAAAGAAAGGGGUUUCCUUCACCUCCGCUGUACCGCAGGGAGGCCACCAUUCCUGUCAGCCUGGAGAAGAGCUGCGCUUAUACUCCAGAGUCAAAGAAGCAUCCCCCCUGCAGUAGGAUUGAGUCGUGCACUGUCAACCUUCCUCAGGGAAGGACUUUCUCCACACCUCCCUCCAGACGAACUCUGACUUCUUCACAGUUUCAGAAUAUCCAGCAGGUCUUCAAGGUGAAUGCUAACUUUUCUCAGAAUGGAGGAUUGAAAUACAAACCAGAUUCUUCAGUUUUUGCUGAACCUAGGUACAGCACUGCCAGUACCCAAACACCAGCUGAGUUUUAUCCCCCGGAAGACGAACUACAACCAGGAGGAUCCUACAUUCCCCAGACUCAUCUAAGGGACUGUGGCCCCACCUUCUAUGCUGCGAGAGACGCUGGAUACCAUCAUGGCCAUAGAUGUGGAGGAGGGAGGCAUAACUUCAGUGCCUGGAGCGACUCUUCCCAGGUCAGCACCCCAGACCGGGAGGGAGCAUUUACAAUUGUGGACUCGGGUCAGGGGGAUUCUCUGUCGGUGUCCACCAUGGAGGUCCCUCUCUCUCCCCACGACGACCAUCAAGCCCUGCUUCCAAUGCAACUCUACCCACUCUCCCAGCCAUUGAGAGUGGCCUUCAAUGCCUCUCGCACUGCCAAUUUUGCCCCAGGCAAUCUGGACCAGCCCAUUGCCUUCGACCAACUGCACAGCAACCUUGGAGAGAUGUUUGACACCAGCAUUGGCCGCUUCACCUCCCCUGUCAAUGGAACCUAUGUCUUCCUCUUCCACAUCCUGAAGCUUGCCAUCAACGUGCCUCUCUAUAUUAACCUCAUGCGCAACGAAGAGGUGAUGGUUUCUGCAUACGCCAACGAUGGGGCCCCAGAUCACGAGACAGCCAGCAACCACGCUAUCCUGCCCCUCUUUCAGGGAGACCAAGUGUGGCUCCGUUUGCAUCGCGGGGCAAUCUAUGGAAGCACCUGGAAGUACAGCACCUUCUCUGGCUUCCUGCUCUACCAGGAUGCAACCUGAACAUCUAUAUUCUUCCAGUGUGAGGACCAGUUCCCUUUAAUCAUCAAUACAAAAACGGACAUUUCAAGAUAUUGGUCAGGCUGCAUGCCAAUGGCCUUUUUUCAGCAUAAAGCCCAUUAAUCGUAUGAUCAGUGCCCACAGCCAUUAUCUAUAUACAAAAUUGGAAUUGUGACUUGACAUAAACCAAAUAUAGUUGAUGUCCAUGAAUGCAGUUUACUAGUUUCACAGUCGCAAGGGUGACUACCACAAUGAUAAACUGAUAAAUCUGUGUUCUAUCACCUAUACAUUCACCAGGUCAUUGAUUUCAAUCUUAUGAGUUUGUGCCUUUUUGUUUUCUGGAAGGCUUUGGACAACUUACUAGAUGGGUUUAUGUAUAAUGAACUUAAUCAUUGUCUGAUUUAUCUAAUUAAUUUCUAGUUGACUACUAUCUUCUCGUUGCUAGGCUCUUAUGUGUUCAGUGUAACUGAAUGUGACGCUAAGGAAGAAAAUAUGAUGUUGGUGGUGGGAAUGGUGCUAAACCAAUCGGGCUUUGGCCUAAAGAGACGUUGUGGUCCUAUUGAUGUGUCUAAAUAAAGAGGAGCAGUGCAUUUUU